UCUCCGGCGAGGCGAGGCUGCUAUACACGCUCCCGGCCGGGCGGGAGGCUCGUAGACGCUCCCUGCUCGGCCCGGGCUCCUUGACCCUGCCGCAGGAGCCGGCGCACAAGGAGCCGCCGAGCACGGGCCGCUCCUCGCGGGGUUCUGGCGCUGCAGUCGCGAGCCUGGCCCUGGAAGAAGCAGAGCGCCAAGCGCCGCCGCCUCCGACGCCAGUACUGCGUUGCUCCAGGUCCGGCCUCCCCGCCACUCCGGCGGGGGGGCCAAGCCCCGGCCGCGCUUGAGAGAGUAGGAUGGGCGAGGAGGGCGGCGGGGCGACUCGCCGGCGAAGCUGCAGCAGGAUGGAGUUGAAUAGCAACAAUAUGUUGACUAAGGAGCCAGAGUGAAUAGCACCGGAAUUUUGAUUGUUACUUGCCUGGACUAUGAACUGAGACAUUUGGCUUGGACUUUUCAAACCUUUUCCAGUUGACUCCAGAGCUGGUUGAACAGCCAUGGCAUUUUUUACUCCAUGGAAGUUGUCCUCUCAGAAACUUGGCUUUUUUCUGGUGACCUUUGGCUUCAUUUGGGGAAUGAUGCUGCUGCAUUUUACAAUCCAACAGAAGACUCAGCACGAAAGCAGUUCGGUGCUUCGAGAGCAAAUACUGGACCUCAGCAAAAGAUACAUAAAAGCACUGGCGGAAGAGAAUAGGAAUGUGGUGGAUGGACCAUAUGUUGGUACGAUGACUGCGUAUGAUCUGAAGAAAACUCUCGCCGUCCUACUAGACAACAUCCUGCAACGCAUUGGGAAGCUUGAGUCUAAAGUGGAGAACCUUGUAAUCAAUGGCACGGGUGCAAACUCCACAAAUAGUACCUCCACUGCCACUCCCAGUUCAGGAGCAGCUGAAAAACUCAAUGUUGCAGAUCUCAUUAAUGGAGCCCAGGAACAGUGUGAAUUGCCUCCCAUGGAUGGCUUCCCCCACUGUGAGGGCAAAAUAAAAUGGAUGAAAGAUAUGUGGCGAUCUGAUCCUUGUUACGCAAGCUACGGUGUGGAUGGAUCCACAUGCUCCUUCUUUAUUUACCUCAGUGAGGUUGAAAACUGGUGUCCUCGUUUACCCUGGAGAGCAAAAAAUCCUAAUGAAGAAACUGAUCAAAAGUCGAUGGCCGAAAUCAGAACGAAUUUUGAAUUGCUAUACAAAAUGAUGUCCAGGCAUGAAGAAUUCCGGUGGAUGAUGCUACGAAUAAGAAGGAUGGCAGACACUUGGAUAGAAGCAAUUAAAUCACUUGCUGAAAAACAAAACCUGGAGAAGAGAAAACGAAAAAAAGUCCUUGUUCAUCUGGGACUCCUCACAAAAGAAUCUGGAUUCAAGAUUGCAGAAAAUGCCUUUAGUGGUGGCCCACUUGGUGAAUUAGUCCAGUGGAGUGAUUUAAUUACAUCUCUCUAUUUACUGGGCCAUGACAUUAGGAUUUCAGCUUCAUUGGCAGAGCUCAAGGAGAUUAUGAAGAAGGUUGUUGGUAACAGAUCUGGCUGCCCAACUCAAGGGGAUAAAGUAGUGGAACUAAUUUACAUUGACAUUGUUGGGCUCACUCAGUUCAAGAAAACCCUUGGACCAUCCUGGGUUCACUAUCAGUGCAUGUUACGGGUGCUAGAUUCAUUUGGGACUGAACCAGAGUUUAACCAUGCUCAUUAUGCCCAAUCUAAAGGCCACAAAACUCCAUGGGGAAAAUGGAACCUUAACCCACAACAAUUCUACACAAUGUUUCCUCACACUCCAGACAAUAGUUUCCUUGGUUUUGUUGUGGAACAAUAUCUGAAUUCCAGUGACAUCAAGCACUUCAACGUAAUUAAAAGGCAGGACCAGUCGCUUGUCUAUGGCAAAGUUGAUAACUUCUGGAAGGAUAAGAAAGCUUAUUUGGAUGUCAUUCAUACCUAUACAGAAGUUCAUGGAACUGUCCAUGGGACAAGUACUGUUUACAUGCCCAGCUAUGUUAAAAACCAUGGCAUCCUCAGUGGCCGGGAUUUGCAGUUCCUGCUGAGAGGGACAAAGCUCUUUGUUGGUCUUGGUUUUCCAUAUGAGGGACCUGCCCCUCUAGAGGCCAUUGCAAAUGGGUGUGCAUUUCUGAAUCCAAAAUUUAAUCCACCCAAAAGCAGCAAAAACACAGAUUUCUUCAAAGGCAAGCCAACACUCCGAGAGUUGACAUCUCAACACCCCUAUGCUGAAGUUUACAUCGGGAAGCCUCAUGUUUGGACUGUAAACAUCAAUGACCUCUCUGAGGUUGAGAAGGCAGUGAAAGCAAUUUUGAAUCAAAAGAUUGAACCUUACCUGCCCUUUGAAUUCACAUGUGAGGGGAUGCUCCAGAGAAUGAAUGUUUUCAUAGAGAAGCAGGAUUUCUGCCACGGGCAAGUGAUGUGGCCCCCAUUAAGUGCCCUUCAGGUUAAAAUUGCUGGGUCUGGGAAAUCAUGUAAGCAGGUUUGUCAAGAAAACCAGCUCAUCUGUGAGCCAUCCUUUUUCCAGCACCUGAACAAGGACAAAGACCUCUUGAAAUACAACAUUGAAUGUCAUACAGCUGAGUCUGCAAAUGAUAUUGUGGUUCCAUCUUUUGAUGAAAAGAGAAAACACUGUGUUUUCCAGGGUGAUCUCUUGUUGUUCAGCUGUGCAGGAUCUCAUCCAAGCCAGAAAAGAAUCUGCCCUUGCAGAGACUACCUUAAAGGACAAGUUGCACUUUGUAAAGACUGUCUAUAGCAGCAGCUCACUUGACUUGAUGAAGGGACAAAAGAGCCAGUGGCUCAGUGAGAGCUGCUGCCAUUUCUUGCACUUUGCUACUGCAGGCAGAACAAUUGCUGAGGAGCAAAAAUCUGUACCACGAUGGAACAGAAAAGCAAUUUUAAAAAAUCUUAAAUGAUUUAUAUUUUUUUCCUAAGCAAGCAAUUCAAGUGACACAGAAAUCUCUUUAAUUUACUUAAGGAGGUAACAAACAAAGUUCAGCAUUUUGUAAGGGUAAAUUAAGAGUGUGGGUUUCUUUUACCAACAACUCCUCAUGAUCAACAACUUCUCUGAAUAUUAUUUCCAGUACAAAAAAACAGACCUGGAAGAGAUUGGUCAGUACAGGAAAGACUAACACAAUCCUGGGUACAUUGUUUAUAAGGGUCUUCUGAAUCCUGAAUGGCUGGUGAACAUGGAACUACAACGGAACACAGCUACAGAAUUAUUGGUUUUUAUCUCAUCUGACAUAUUCUGCAAAUUCACAGCUGUGUGGUGGUCUCCACAUAGCUAAGCAAGUAGCACCAUUAACUGGUGGCUUCCUGAGUCGCAGAUCCUUUUGGUUUGAUAAUGGAUUAUGAUUGUGCCAUUCAUCGGGGCUUCUAAGCCACAUAAGCGUAAUAUUUAAAAUGUAUGGUCUUGUCUAGAAUUAUGAGUGUACCCCUCUUUCCCGGACCCACAAAGUUUUGUUGUAGGGUGGUGACUAGACAAUGCUGUUAGAUCACUGAAAAUAAAAUGGUGCCAUUGGA